AAAAAUCAUAUUAAAUAAAUCAAUUUAAUUAUUUUAUUGUGAAUAAGCAAAAUAUAUAAUAAUAGACACGCACAAACACACACACACACACACUUGCAUUCACAUUUGCGUCUCGCAGAUAUUGUUAAAGUUCAUUGCCUCAAAAACCUAAGUCGAAGUGCAGUAGAAAUUGCAAUUAAUUUUAAAACAUUCAAAAUAAUUACCGGUCAAAAACUGUGUGGAGUCAACGAACCAAGAGUACGAAAAUAAGAGAAAGAAAAACAUCAACCAGAGCAGGGACUUGCUAAAAAUACAACAUAAGCAGCAGCCGCAGCAGCAUCUGUUCCCCAUUUCAAAACAAACUAAUGCACCAAAUAGAAUAACAACAAUAGCUAUAUUGCAAAACAUAAACAUAUCGACUAGCUAAAAUCGGUACGUGGUCAAAUGCGGUGGUAGCCGAAGGAAAACGUCACAAGAACAAGAAAAAAUAAGAAAACCAUAACAAUAAUAAAACAGCAACWACAACAACAACACAUCGUAAGGGCUGCUACGUAAGAGUGACCAGAUUUUGGUAUAAAAAAAAAGCAAGCACAACUAAUGCAUCCUCUUGAAUGCAGGUCAUAGAGCAACCAAAAACAAAUAACACAAAAAUGUCGUGCGAUAACGCUAAAACCUCCUCAGACAUAGAGCAUGUAGACUGGAGCACCGGUGGCUCUGGCCAGCACUACGCAAAUGUCAGAUUCGGCUCGGGCAGCAGCCAAGCGUCACAGAACAGCGGCGAUAUAUGCCGCAUCUGCCACUGCGAGAGCGAUCCACAGAAUCCGCUGCUGACGCCCUGCUACUGCUCCGGCAGCUUGAAGUAUGUGCACCAGGCGUGCCUGCAACAGUGGCUGACGGCAUCGGCGACCAACUCCUGCGAGCUAUGCAAGUUCCCCUUCAUCAUGCACACCAAAAUAAAGCCCUUCAAUGAGUGGCGCAGCCUUGACAUCUCUAGCAUUGAGAGGCGCCGGCUCUGCUGUUCGGUGCUCUUCCACUCAGCGGCCGCGUUGUGCGUCAUUUGGUCGCUGUGUGUGCUCAUCGAGCGGGCCGCAGAUGAUGUAAAGCGUGGAGUGAUUGAUUGGCCGUUCUGGACAAAGCUCGCUGUUGUUACCGUCGGUCUCACUGGCGGCAUUGUCUUCAUGUACAUUCAGUGUAAGGCCUAUCUGCAUCUCUGCCAUCGCUGGAAAGCACUCAACAGGAUUCUGCUCAUUCAGAACGCACCGGAAAAGAUUCAUCCAUUGGCGCCACCUUCACCUGUGGCUGCCCACCAUCAGUUCAACGAGCGGCACAGCUCGAUGCAUGGCCGUGGUGCCAUCAAUGGAACCGUGGAGAUCAAUGCGUCGGGUGGCGCAGGUCACUCAGUGCACGAUUCGAGCUGUGGCCCCAUGGAGAACGGCGGCUCAACGGGUCUGCAUCAGCAUCAGCACCAGCAACAGAUGCAGUUGCAGCUGCAGCAGCGUCUGUUGAACGCCUCGCCGCAACACAUGCUGCAGUUGGACGCAGUGGCGCAUAGCAGCAGCAGCGCGGGCACUCAGACGGAGGACGCGCACGCACAACAUCUGCAGCAACAGCAGCAUCUGCAUGGCCAACAGCUUGGUCAGCAGCUGGGCCAGGUGGCUGUGGCGGCCAACAUUGAGUGCUCGCAGUCGCAGCACAACUACGAUCGCGACUGGGCGCUGGACGAUGUCGUCUCGCAGAUCUCCUCGUUUCGGCCCUGUCCGCAGGGCUCGGGCAGUAUGACGCCGUUCCAUGACUCGAUACACAAUGUGCUGGAGCACUCGGAGAGCUCCAGCCGCGGAUCGGCGACAGAUCUAUGCGCCGGCUCACGCCAAGAUCUCAGUGCUAGCGGCAUAUCCACAGACACGGGCCGUGAGCACGGGAUGCAGCUAAGCAGCUUUAGUGGCAGUGGUGAACACAAGGCGCCAUCGAUUAGCUCCGGUGUCUCGCAUGCUGUGGCCAAUGGCUUAGGCGGCUUUGUCUAUAAGCCGCAUCAGUCGAAGCGCUACUCCAACUCGUCCAUUUUUCUGGAGAAUCGUGAUAUACUCAAUGACUCGCCCAUGUGCGUGGGUGUGGGCACGCCGCUCGCCUACGAUUACAGCACACCACCAAAGAUCGAUUAUCGCCACUCGAGCAUAUUAGGCGAGGGGGAGCAGGCGGGACUCAGCUGUUGUGCCACUGCUGCUGACUGUCGACUGGGCAGGGAAGCGGACGUGCGUCGCUAUUCGGACACCAAGCUGGACAUGGAACAGGAAGCGAUGCUGCGCUGCAAGAAUGCCGGUGGCAAUGACACCGUCCUGGAUAUUGAGCUGCCAGCCUCACCGCUCUCGCCACCAGCUGCCUACGCCGGACACCAACACCAACACCAACACCAGCAGCAGCAGCACCUGGUGCUUCGUCGCUCUUUUGAUAAGGGCGUGGAUGAGACGAAUAAGGGCAGCAAGUGCUCGAAUCGUUCGUCGGGGGAGGCGAAAAUAGAUCGUUCCCGAUUGUUCUUCAAGUCGUUGCCAAAUCUCAGCAGCAGCUGUGAAAGUCUCAUCAAAAAGUGAUUGUCCCCUAACUCUCUUAAGAUGUUUAAAGUAUUCAGACAAACAGACCCACAAAUUCAUAUAUUCUCGUUGUUUAUAUCUUUGUUCUUUGACCUAUCCCAUCCUUGGAACCGUUCCUAAGUUAAUUUCGUAUCUCGUAGCCACAUAUACACAAAGCCCAUAAACAAUUUUGAGACUGCAAACA